AUGCGAAAAAAACGGGCGGUGACCCUUCACUUAUUUGGUGAUGUGCUUGAAUUGGCACGUCAACUCAUCCUCGGACUCAUCAAUGAUGCUGAAAAAGAGGCUCGACACAGCAUUGAUCAAGCGAAAUACGAGACGCUCACUUUCAUCGACGCCCUCCGCAAUGUGGCUUUCGCGAUUCUCCUACAAACCAGUAACCUAACACUGUCAUUUGUCAAUGAGAUCCAACGAAAAGCUGAAGAGUAUGAGGCGAGUGUUAUCGAAAUGAUUGACAGUUUGCACACUUUACCAAGAAUCACUGAAUUCACUGUGCAUGAGGCUCUUUUUGGCGGGGCAACGAUAUUUCAUGACCCUGGCAGCUUCGUCGACAUCUUGUUGACCGUCUUAGAUGCACUUGUUCUGUCGUCAAUUUGGCUGGAAUUCGAACACUUCGUUGUAUAUGACAUUUGUUUUGUCAAGGACGACGAUAUUAUUUCUAUCGUUUGGCUCAAUGGCACUCCAUCUAAUCGCCCUGGCCACGCAUCUGAAUCGACGACCGCCAAAAGAUUGGAAGAUCUAUCUCCCAUUGGUCGUCCUGUGUUUGUCCCUCUCGAUCCUCUCAAUCUCCGAGGCUCCAUUGCGAUUCUGAUCUUUCUUUUGUGUCCUUGCAAACACGCGAAGUAUUCUCGAUUUGAGAAAGACAUCGCUGUGAAAGAUGCAAAAAGCAACUUGAUCGGGGUCUUGAUUUUCUAUUGUUUCAUCACUUUACCAUUCAUCGUUUUCGAUAUAGGGACAAAUCUUGGCGUUGCGGCAUUGACAAAAUUCACUGAAGAGGCUCAGUGUGCUUUUCACAAAGUCCCAGCUCUCUCGUUCCCCUGUGGAAAACUGUACUUUUUCGUCGACACAUCAUUCAUCAUUCGACCGAUAUUCCUGCUCCUGCCUGCCUACAUAAUAUUACCUUCUUUUCGCAAAAAUUCGCCAUGGAAAGUGUGGAAAGAAGCGAAAAAGUUGCCCGUCGAACUACCAAGAGAGGAAACUCUGAAGAAAUGGCGGAAAAGCAAACGACUACCGUCUACUGAUACAGCUUUCAGUGAA